AUGUCGAACGCUGCCAUCGCGAUUGGCACCAUCAUAUUCGUCAUUAUCGUCGCCGCGAUAAUUGUCUGCGCCUACAGACGGGCCGAGGCAUGCGCCGGCGGCGUCGCGAGGAGCUACGCGGUGGUGUCGGACCAGCAGAUCCGGCACGCCACCAUCGAGAAAUUCCUCUUGGAGAUCAGGCACGAGAAGCCCUUCAGGUUCACGUCGCUGCAGCUCGCCGGCUUCACGGGCAACUACACGACCCGGCUCGGCGCUGGCGGCUUCGGCACGGUGUACAAGGGCGUGCUCCCCAACGGCCUCCCCGUGGCGGUCAAGGUCUUCGACCGCAGCCUCGCCCAGAGGUCCCAGGAGGAGCAGUUCAUGGCGGAGGUGGGAACCAUCGGGCGCACGUACCACAUCAACCUCGUCAGGCUCUUCGGCUUCUGCUUUGACAACGUCGUGCGCGCGCUGGUGUACGAGUACAUGGACAACGGCGCGCUCGACGCUUACCUCCUGGGCGGCCGGGGCCGCGGCGUCGGCCUCCCGGCGCUGCGCGACAUCGCCUACGAGACCGGCGAGCUCGUGGACCUCGUCGCGUGCAGCAGCGGCGAGGCUGGUGAUGCGGCCGCCGCGCCGGGUGACGACGACCAUGAGCUGCAACGCGAUAAAGAGAUAGUGGAGAGGAUGUGCAAGGUUGCGUUCUGGUGCGUGCAGCAGCAGCCGGAAGCGAGGCCGCCCAUGGGUGCGGUGGUGAAGAUGCUAGAGGGCGAGAUGACCAUCGCUGCUCCUGUGAAUCCGUUCCAGCAUCUAAUGGCGACGCCGGUGACGGCGAACCCGUGGACGACGAUGACGAGUAGCGCGAACGCGGAGUCAGCAACUGGCAUUUCUGAGACUAGCAACGAGAUCGUCUCGCUUUGA